AUGUCGGGACUCGACUCUUGGGAGGACGACCCCUCCGCUCAGGAUGAAGGUCUUGCGCAUCAAGCCCAACAAAACCUCAACAUAAAUGGGCAACCCAGAGGACCACCCGGCUUCUCUGCAAAUGCUCACACGUUUCAACCUGGCGCCUCUUCCUUCCAGCCAGGCCAGCCAUACCAACAAUAUGGCGGGUACAAUCCUUCACAGCAAUACAAUCAAGCAUACGAUCAGCAAUCACAGCUAUAUGGCGGGCAAUACAAACAAUAUGGCCAACAGAGCCUUGGUCAGUACAACCAAAGCUACUCCCAGCAAGGGCAAUUACCCCAGCAAAGUGUACCACAAAGAACGCCAAUAAUAGCAAAAAGGCCAACCAACGACAAUGCAUCAGCUGCUGCUGCUGCCCCACCCUCGCAAUCUGCCCAGUCCGGCCCACCACCAGUCAAAAGCCUCUCAAUCGGCAAAGAGGAAGCAACAACCGCACCGAAAACUAAAGUGUUGUCCAUAGGUGUACCGACUCCUGCGGUGCCUGCAUCAAAACCAGAUGCGACUGCUGAAGAGGGAGCGAAGACAACCGCAGCUAAAGCCCUGGAUAAGACCCAAAAACAAGGGACUACAAGCGAUGGCAAGACUUCUCCUUCACCUUCUUCAGGCCGAUCAAGCCCGUCAGCUGCAGAAGCAAAAGAAGUAAAAGAUAGUAAAGAAUCUAAAGACGCCAGGAGAGAAGCGGACGCUGUUGCCAAGGAGCAAGCUGCUGCUGUUGAUGAGGAGAUGCUGGAGGAAGUAUAUGGCAAGGAGCACGUAAAUGUCAUCUUCAUUGGCCAUGUUGAUGCUGGCAAGAGUACUUUGGGCGGGAGCAUACUGCAAGCUACUGGAAUGGUGGACGAGCGAACGAUGGACAAAUAUAAGCGAGACGCAAAAGAUGCUGGAAAAGAGUCGUGGUACCUCUCGUGGGUAAUGGACUUGAAUAAAGAGGAGAGAUCGAAAGGAAAGACGAUAGAAGUUGGUAAAGGGUUUUUUGAGACGGAUAAGCGACGAUACUCAAUUUUGGAUGCACCUGGGCACAAGAAUUACGUCCCAAACAUGUUGUUGGGGGCUUCUCAAGCGGACGUGGGAAUUCUAGUGAUCUCAGCGAGAAAGGGCGAGUACGAAACAGGGUUUGAAAGAGGUGGGCAAACACGAGAGCAUGCUAUUCUGGCAAAAACCCAGGGCGUCAACAAACUCCUGAUCGUUGUCAACAAGAUGGACGAUCCCACGGUCGAAUGGAGCCAAGAUCGAUACAAAGAGUGUACCGAGAAGCUAACUACUUUCCUGAACCGACAAGUCGGUUUUUCCAAAGGCGACCUCACCUUCAUGCCCAUCUCUGCCCAAUCCACCAUUGGCAUCAAAGACCGCAUCCCCAAAAAGACUGCUCCAUGGUGGGACGGCCCCUCCCUCCUCGAGUACCUCGACAAUCUCAAGUCGCUAGAGCGAAAAGUGCAAGCUCCAUUCAUGAUGCCGAUCAACGGCAAGUAUCGCGACCUAGGCACCAUGAUCGAAGGCAAGAUCGAAGCCGGCCAGCUCAAAAAAGACAGCAAAUACCUCAUGAUGCCCAACCGCGAAGAAAUCUCCAUCUCAGCGCUGUACGGCGAAACCGAAGACGAAAUCCCCGCCGCGACCUGCGGCGAUCAAGUUCGCCUCCGCGUCCGCGGCGUCGAAGAAGAAGAUAUCCUCCCCGGCUUCGUGCUCUGCGCACCCAAACGCCCUGUCCACUGCGUCAACGCUUUCGAGGCCCAGAUCGCCCUGCUGGAGCUCAAGAGUAUUCUUAGCGCUGGCUUCAAUUGCGUGUUGCAUGUGCAUUCUGCGAUCGAGGAGGUGACGUUUGCGGCAUUGCUGCAUAAGCUGGAGAAGGGCACAGGGAGGAAGAGUAAGAAGCCGCCGCCGUUCGGGAAGCAGGGGAUGAAUAUUAUCGCGAGGUUGGAGGUGACGUCUGGGGCGGGGAAGAUCUGUGUGGAGCGGUAUGAGGAUUAUGCGCAGAUGGGACGGUUUACGUUGAGAGAUCAGGGUCAAACGAUUGCGAUUGGCAAGAUCACGAAACUUAUCACUGACACCGCCUAA